AUGCAGACAUUAUGCAGUAUUGAUUUCAGUAUCAAACUGCGUCUAUCUAUCUAUCUAUCUAUCUAUCUAUCUAUCUAUCUAUCUAUCUAUCUAUCUACUCCCGUCCUAUUUUCUGUCAGUCUAUCUAAAUCUAUCUUUCUAGCCAUCUAUUCGUCGGCCCGUUCGUAUCUAGCUGUCUUGUUUCUCUUCUCUUGCCUUCCUCUCUCACCCCGCCGUGUUCUCGUGUGUGUCGAUUCCGCCUGUGUCUUUCCUGUUUCUUUCUUUCUUUCUUUCUUUCUUCAGUGUUUCUUUCUUUCUUUCUUUCUUUCUACAUGUUUCAUUCUUUCUUUCUUUCUUUCUUUCUUUCUUUCUUUCUUUAUUUCUAAAGGGAUUCUUUCUUCCUUUCUUUCUACAGUGUUUCUUUCUUUCUUUCUUUCUUUCUUUCUUUCUUUAUUUCUAAAGGGAUUCUUUCUUUCAUUCGUUCUACAUGAUUCUUUCUUUCUUUCUUUCUUUCUUUCUUUCUUUCUACAUGAUUCUUUCUUUCUUUCUUUCUUUCGUUCUUUUUGCUUCAGUGACUCUUUCUUUCUUUCUUUCUUUCUUUCUUUCUUUCUUUCUUUCUACAGUGUUUCUUUCUUUAUUUCUUUCUACAGUGUUUCUUUCUUUAUUUCUAAAGGGAUUCUUUCUUUCAUUCGUUCUACAGUGAUUCUUUCUUUCUUUUUUCUUUCUUUCUUUCUUUCUUUUUACUUCAUGAUUCUUCUUUCUUUCUUUCUUUCUUUCUUUCUUUCUUUCUACCGUGAUUCUUUCUUUCUUUCUUUUUACUUCAGUGAUUCUUCUUUCUUUCUUUCUUUCUUUCUUUCUUUCUUUCUUUCUACAGUGAUUCUUUCUUUCUUUCUUUCUUUUUACUUCAAUGAUUCUUCUUUCUUUCUUUCUUUCUUUUUUUCUUUCUACAUUAUUCUUCUUCCCAUUCUGCCCAUUCUCCUUCUUUUUCUUCUUCACAUCCUCCUACUACUUCUUCUUCUUCUUCUUCUUCUUUCCAUUCUCCUCAUUCUCCUUCUUUUUCUUCUUCACAUCCUCCCCCUCCUCCUCCUACUACUUCUUCUUCUCAUUCUCCUAGGUCUUUUUCUUCUUCACAUCCUCCUCCUCCUACUUCUUCUUCUUGUUCUUUCUUGUUCUUGUUAUUCUUCUUACCAUUCUCCUCAUUCUCCUUCUUUUUCUUCUUCACAUCCUCCCCCUCCUCCUCCUACUACUUCGUCUUUCCAUUCUCCUCAUUCUCCUUCUUCUUUUUCUUCUUCACUUCCUCCUUCUCCUCCUUCUCCUACUACUACUGCUUCUUCUUCCCAUUCUCCUAGUGCUUUUUCUUCUUCACAUCCUCCUCCUCCUCCUACUUCUUCUUCUUCACGUCUUCCUCCACUUUCUUCUUCUUCUUCUUCUUCCAAUUCUCUUCAUUCUCCUUGUUCUUUUUCUCCUUCACAUCUUCCUUCUCUUUCUUCUUCUUCGUGUAAAAUAAUAACUAAAUCGUACGUAUAA